AUGGGCCCACUCUAUAGUCCUUACAAUGCUGGCAAACGUGAAGGAAAUGAAACGAUUUUCCAUGAAGCAUCAAUGAAAUUCGAUUAUUAUGCGUCAAGUGUCCUUGAUGUUCCAGGAUGUCCAACUCAUCAAAAUAUGAAUCAUGCAUUAGUUUUGGUUGGUUAUGGCACGGAAAAUGGAACCGAUUAUUGGAAAGUGAAAAAUUCCUGGGGUGCUGAUUGCGGUAAUAACGGUUAUCUUAAGAUCAAGCGAAAUGCCAAUAUGUGCGGUAUUGCCUCUUGGCCUCAUAUUGCUGGAUUGUUUUAG